UCAUUGCUGUCAAUAAUAAAAAAGAGAACUGUCCAACGGUUUAAUCAACACAACAGAAAAAAUGGCGAUGAAAACAAAAACAGGAAUUUGUGCUAUAGCAGUAACAGUUGUGGCCUUUCUAUUUGUUUUGAUAUCUUUUUGUACUCCUUACUGGCUAGUAAACGACGGGAAAAUAAAAGAUCCCAAAUUCAUACGUAUAGGAUUAUGGGAGGUUUGUUUUAAUAAUUUUGAAGAUUUUCGUCACCAGUACGACUACAGAUUUACUGGCUGCUGGUGGGUGUUUGAAGAAGAAUAUUAUAUUAUUUUCGACUUUCUACUACCUGGAUUCUUCAUUGCGACUCAGUUUUUCUAUACCCUUUGCAUGACCCUAGUAUUAAUCGGCGCAUUCUUCACAUGGAUGUAUUGCUUCUGUAGCAGGGACCAUGACAAAUAUCUCUUGCUUCUCUUAAGUAAUGGUGCCAAUUUAAUGCUUGGAGGCUUUUUCGGAUUCAUAGCUGUUUGUAUUUUCGGGGCCAAUGGCGAUAAUAGGGACUGGAUGCCCCACUGGCAACAUAAUGAUCUGAGCUGGUCAUUUGGCUUUGCUUGUGUGGGAUCUUUGCUACUUUUGCCCGCCGGUGCCUUGUUCUUGGUGGAGGCACGUAGAGCGCGUUAUCGUCGCUUGAGGGGAUCCCAGCCAGCGUCUCAGUAUAGUAUGGAUGUUAGGAAGGAGCCUGCGGCUUACCAUACUGAUAUUUAGAACGUUAUAAGUCCGUUUUAAUAAGAUUUACUGCCGUGGCUUAUUAAGUUGUUUAUUUAGAGUUGUUUUUUUUUAUUUUUAUAUGAGUCAUAAUAUUUAGGUAGGUCCAAAUUUAGGAACUAAUUUUAAAAGUUUAAAAACGAACAGAAGGAAUGGUAUUAACUAAAUACUGGAAGUAUUAUAUUUAUAAUCUUUUAACCAAAAGCCGUCCAAAUAUUUUUAUAUUUUUUGUAUUAUGUAGUUAAUAAUUAAAACCAUCACUAAUUUUAAAUCCGUCCGUAAAUGUGAUUACACUCUGUUUUUAAUAUAAGGAAUAAAAAUGAGGUUCCCAAGAUACUAAGUGUAUCUAACCGCCAAAAAUCAGUGUUUCCUUUAAUUCGUAGUUAUAAUAAAAAAAAAACAAACAGGUGAUUGUUGAAUGUGAAUAAUCAACAAUAUUAUUGUUUUUUAAUGUUGACCUGAAGCUUUGGCCGAGAGGAAUGGGCCUUAGCACUAUAAUUCCCCCAAAAAACAUUGUACAUUGUAGAAGACUCGACCAUUGUUCUAAAUAGAAGGUUGUUUAAGUAAAAUUAUGUAUUCAUAGAUUUAUAUUAUGGACUUUUGUACAAAAUAAAAGAUUUCAUGAA